AUGGUGAGCCGAAUGGGGUGGGGGAGGAGCAGGGGGCGGCGUGGGCGGUGGGGAGACUUGGGGCCCAGCUCAGUGCCCCUGCUCCCCAUGGCACUGCAGUCGCCUGCUCCUCCACGUCGGGGGCUGGGGGGAGGGAGGAUCUCUGUCUUCUCUCUGUCCCCUGUGCCUCAUACAAGAAGCUGCCCUUCUUCAGUGUUCCCUCCUGCCCUGGGCACCUCCUGCCUGGUGCUGCAGGAAACGGGGGCUUCUCAGCUUCGACACACUGCCCUCCCUACCCCAGCCACCCCCUUAACACAGGCCCAGCCCACAAUGACACCCACUUCCACUUCCCCCUCCUGGGGGUCCCAUUCCGCCCCACCCCUGGCCUCGGUCACUCCCCCUCCCUCCCGCCGGUGCCCCCAGGACCCUCCUGGGCUGCGGAUAGGCCCUCUGAUCCCUGAGCAGGAUUAUGAGCGGCUGGAGGACUGUGACCCUGAUGGGUCCCAAGAUUCACCCCUCCAUGGGGAGGAUCACCAGCCCUUGCUGCACGUGCCUGAAGGGCUCCGAGGCUCCUGGCAUCACAUCCAGAACCUGGACAGCUUCUUCACCAAGAUCUACAGUUACCACCAACGGAGUGGCUUCACCUGUAUUCUGCUGGAGGACGUGUUCCAGCUCGGACAGUUCAUUUUCAUUGUUACCUUCACAACCUUCCUCCUUCGCUGUGUGGAUUAUAAUGUUCUCUUCAACAACCAACCGAAUAACCGUACGAGACCUGGGCCCUUACACAACAAAGUGACCCUGUCUGAUGUUAUCCUGCCCUCAGCCCAGUGUGCAGAGAAGAUCCACAGCAGCUCCCUGCUGGUCUUCCUACUGGUUCUGGCUGCUGGCUUCUGGCUGUUCCAGCUGCUGCGCUCAGUCUGCAACCUCUUCAGCUACUGGGACAUCCAGGUGUUCUUCAGGGAGGCCCUGCACAUCCCACCGGAGGACCUCUGCUCGGUGUCGUGGGCAGAGGUGCAGUCCCGCCUCCUGGAGCUGCAGAGGAGCGGGGGCCUGUGCGUGCAGCCGCGGCCGCUGACGGAACUGGACGUCCACCACCGAAUCUUGCGCUACACCAACUACCAGGUGGCGCUGGCCAACAAGGGUCUGCUGCCCGCCCGCUGUCCGCUGCCCUGGGGAGGCAGCGCAGCCUAUCUGAGCCGGGGCCUGGCGCUCAACGUCGAGCUGCUGCUCUUCCGCGGUCCCUUUUCGCUCUUCCGCGGGGGCUGGGAGCUGCCCGACGCCUACAAGCGUGGCGACCUCCGGGGCAACCUGGCGGCGCGCUGGAGGCGCACGGUGCUGCUGCUGGCCGCCGUGAACCUGGCGCUGAGCCCGCUGGUGCUGGCCUGGCAGGUCCUGCACGCCUUCUACAGCCACGCCGAGCUGCUGAGGCGCGAGCCCGGGGCGUUCGGGGCCCGCCGCUGGUCCCGCCUGGCGCGCCUGCAGCUGCGCCACUUCAACGAGCUGCCGCACGAGCUGCGCGCGCGCCUCGCCCGCGCCUACCGGCCCGCCGCCGCCUUCCUGCGCGCCGCCGAGCCCCCCGCGCCGCUGCGCGCGCUGCUGGCCCGCCAGCUCGUCUUCUUCGCCGGCGCGCUCUUGGCCGCGCUGCUGGCGCUCACCGUCUACGACGAGGACGUGCUGGCCGUGGAGCACGUGCUCACCACCAUGACCGCGCUCGGGGUCAUAGCCACCGUGGCCAGGUCCUUCAUUCCGGAAGAGCAAUGCCAAGGGCGUCCUCCCCAGCUCCUGCUGCAGUCCGCCCUGGCCCACAUGCACUACCUCCCAGAGGAGCCCGGCGUGGGCAGCAGGGCCAGUGCGUACUGGCAGAUGGCACAGCUGCUGCCAUACCGAGCGGUGUCGCUCCUGGAGGAGCUCCUGUCCCCACUCCUCACCCCGCUGUUUCUGCUCUUCUGGUUCCACCCUCGUGCCCUGGAGAUUAUUGACUUUUUCCAUCACUUCACUGUGGAUGUAGCUGGCGUUGGGGACAUCUGUUCGUUUGCCCUGAUGGAUGUGAAGCGCCACGGCCACCCUCAGUGGCUCUCGGAGGGACAGACAGAAGCCUCACUGUCUCAGCGGGCAGAGGAUGGAAAGACUGAGCUGUCAUUGAUGCGCUUCUCCCUGGCACAUCCACAAUGGCAGCCUCCUGGGCACAGCUCUAAGUUCCUUGGGCACCUUCGGGGCCGAGUACAACAAGAUGCAGCUGCCUGGGGUGCCACUUCUGCUCGAAGCCCCCCCACCCCAGGGGUGCUCAGCAAUUGCACAUCUCCUCUGCCGGAGGCCUUUCUGGCCAACCUCUUGGUGAAUCCCCUUCUGCCCCCGAGGGACCUGAGCCCCACAACCCCCUGCCCUGCUGCUGCCACUGCCAGCCUCCUGGCCUCCAUUUCUCGCAUGGCCCAGGACCCCAGCUGUGUGUCCCCAGGAGGCACUGGGGACCAGAAGCUAAUCCAGCUCCCAGAGCUUGCUUCUGCGGAGAUGAGUCUCCAUGCCGUCUACCUAUAUCAGCUUCACCAACAGCAGCAGCAGGAACUGUGGGGGGAGGCUUCCGCCACCUCUUCAUCCAGGCCCUGGUCCAGCCCCUCGCAGCCAGCCUCACCCAAUGAGGAGAAGCCAUCUUGGUCAAGUGAUGGCUCCAGUCCUGCUUCCAGCCCCAGACAGCAGUGGGGAGCCCAGAGGGCACGGAAUCUGUUCCCAAGGGGUUUUCAGGAGACCACAGACACCCAGAAGGAGCCCACUCAGGAUCCUUGCACCAACUGAGGGCAUCUC